UUCGCGACCGCUCAGGAGGCAGCCGCUCCUCAGGCACGACUCUGGAAAUGUGACCUUUUUCGCGAAUUUACGUUUUUCUUUCCCCCGAAAAUUUUUCAACGCCGGUCUACAGUUCCUAGAGGCACCUACGCUAAUCUACGGUGAAUCUUUGAGGAAUCUUAUUAGAUUGAUAUAUAUAUAUAUAGAGCGUCGUGCGGAUAUACGUGCGUGAUUGGUGAAUCUUCGCCGAGAGCAUCGUCAUCCAUGGUAUUUGUUGCGUGUCGAGAGAACUUUGGUGAAAAUCGGCCCUUGUGACAUUUUUUGGGACGUUUUGUUGCGCUGUUACCUGCGGUCAUGUGAAAUAUGAAAUUUUUCAAGAGUACCGGAUGGUGCGGAAGAUAGGGUUGAUGGAGAUUUUGAAAAGGAGCGGGAAACUUGGGAAAAUUUGAAAGUACUGCUUUUACUGAAGUCCGAUUGAAAAGGAAGAGCGACGCGGGAACUAGAAGUUUUUUAAAAAUAUUUUAUUCAGAAGGCUUUUAGUUUUUGUACACAUUUUGGUUUUUAUUUUGGUCGUUCUUUUUUUUUGUGUGAUUGUGCCACGAAUGUGGACGACGAAUGACGCCAUGUUGGAAAAAGUGCGUGAUACGACUCUUUGGAAAUAUUGUAAAUUUGUGAAGUCAUUGAGGUAAUCCUCUCUUGAGAUAUUUUCGAAAAAUUCUUGGAAGAUGAAGUCGUUUUUGGAUAUGGAUUGUGACGAUUGGUGAUCUUUUUUGGACGAUCUUUAUUUUAAUUUUUUUUUAUUUUUUAUUGAUCACGGUUGACGGGGCUCGUCCAUUUUUGUUUUCGAAAAUUUUUUUACACAAAAGUGACAAGUGAUUGGUUUCUUCUCUUCUUUCAUUCAAGUGAAAAGUGCGCAAUCAUCCAUUUUCUCUUACUUUGACGCUUUCUCGAUUUGAGUGCUGUAUAUUUCGGAUACUCUCGGUUUAAAAGAUUUUUUAUUCUCGUUACUCGAAUUGUGAACUGUUAUCGUCCAGUUUCAAAAAAGUGAAUAGUGCUGACAAAAUCGUCGGAUUUUUUGGCCUUUUCCUUGAUGUUUCAUAGCUAUUGCAAUUUCUUCGGAUUUCAAGGAUCUUGUUGUUACGGAACACUUGAAUAAGAGCUAGAAGAAAGAAAAUUUUGAAAAACCUUGGAGAACUAAUGAAGAGUAUCGAUUCCUCGUCUUCGGUGCCUUCUUCAAGCUCACUCUUCGACAUUCCUCUCUUCCCGGAUCGUCUUUGAAGAUUAAAGUAAACGGCACUGAAUGCACUUAGCGGCGUGAGAAUCGUGGUGGCCUGCGUGCAUGGAAGAGAAGACUAAGAAUCGUCGGCAAGGGCGAGGAAAGCAGCGCAAAAGAAAAGGAGAAGGAAAAGGAAAAGGGAAUCGCGAAGAGCCGAGAAGAAAGUAGAGCAAGGUGGCUUCGCAAGCUCGAAAAGGGUCAAGGAUCAAGGAUGUCGAGCGCCGCGGAGAGUCCUGACGGGAUGGCUCUGCAGUCCCAUUAUUCCCUUAGAUGGAACAACCACCAGGCCCAUAUUCUUCAGGCGUUUGAGGCACUCCUUCACGCCGAGACCCUCGUCGACGUGACCCUCGUCUGCGCCGAGACCAGCAUCAGAGCUCACAAGGUCGUUCUGAGCGCGUGCAGUCCCUUCUUCGAGAGGAUAUUCGCGGAGCAUCCCUGCAAGCAUCCGGUGAUCGUGUUGAAAGACUUCCCCGGCCGGGAGGUGACGGCACUGAUUGACUUCAUGUACCGUGGCGAGGUACGAGUAGGACGUGAAGAAUUGCCAGGACUGAUGCGAGCAGCCGAGAGUCUUCAGGUGCGAGGUUUGGCAUCUUCGGAACCAAGGCCAGCGAGUCCACCGGAAACGCCAACGGCGGAUCUUCUACUUGGAGAACCGUCGACGCCGGAAGGCGCACGUCAAGGUACGCCAGAGGACGACGACGCGUCGGAAAGCGCGACAGUGCCACCUCCGGAACCUGGAGGCUUUUCCAGGGAACAUCAGCUAGCGCGUGACAGGUUACCGCACAUGGGCCAACUUAAUUUCUCAGUGCGGGAACUGCGGGAGUCCUGCGGUUCGCCAUUGAUGCCCCGAAGAAAGCAAGCGAGACCGCGACGAAGAUCCGGGGAGUUGGUACCUCAGGAUUUGAGUAGACAUCAUCCCGCCCCGAGUCCAAGUCCUCCGAGUGGCGGUAGCGGCGGCGGCGGUGGUGGCGGCGGCGGCGGCGGCGGACUGAACCUCACGAAUCAACAGAGGGACCAGCCCGGCCAACAGGAGGACAUGGCGGAGAAUCUGUCGAUGAAACGGUCGCUCUCUCCCUUACCGACGGAGCACAAUAUCAAGACGGAGAGCGAGAGUGCCAGCAGUCCUCGAGGAUCGCCUCUAACAGGGACGAGUCUACAGCCCGACGGUUCGUUGCAGGAGUUACCAGCAGCAGGGUUCCCAGGAGUCUCGGCCCUCUCCUUAACCCCACCCCAUCACCACAGUGAGUACCUGACCAGUCUGGGACAACUGGCAGCUCAGUGGCUCCCGAAUCACCCGCAGGGUCAACUGCCUCAAGGUCAUCACCCACGGGAAGGGAGUCCGCACAAUAGGUCCCAUCCUUACCAACAGCAGCAACAAGACUCGCCUCUUACCCCAAGACGGUCGGUUGCCGUUUUUCCCAUGGACGGGGUGGGCCACUUGGCUGGUGCCGGCAGUUUAUUCCCACCAGGAAGCACACUCGACCGAAGCAGCUCCCUUUUGGCGGAUCUCCAUGAUAGUUUCAAGCCGGAGAGCCUUCACGGCCUCUUUGGCACUGGUCUCGGACAUCAUCCCAGCAAAAAGGCGAAGAAGCACAGAGCCGAGAGUGCAGAUGGUCCCCGAAGAUGGUCUGAGCACAGUCGCGGGUUACCCGUGGGUCGACCUAAAGGUCAGCACAGUGCACCUAGAGGAGGACCGCCCAGGUCAUGGACCAAUGCUGAACUCACCGAAGCACUUCAGCACGUUUGGAACAAGAAAAUGACGACCUCACAAGCCAGCCGUAUCUUUGGCAUCCCCUACAACAGUUUGCUGAUGUACGUGCGCGGCAAGUACGGCAAGAGUCUCAAGCUGGAGCAGUUACGCAGGGACUGCACAGGUGCCACCACCGGCGAGGUAGUGAUGAAUUCUUUGAACAACAACGUCAAGGCCGUCCAACCGCCCACGCAGAUGUCACAUCAUCUGGCGGGUAUUCCACAUCCUGGUGAUGACGCGGGAUUCACGCAUCCCCUUCUGGGUGGUAAUUUACCCCAGGGUUUCUUCCCAGACUUUAGUGCUGCCUUUCCGGUACCCGUUAGCAUGGUGCAUCUGCUGCCACCUAGCGAGCAAAAAGCCUUCGAACCACCACCCACAUCAGGACCCGUAUCCAGCGAACUCACCCCAAGGAGUAGGACGCCUUCACCAUCGGCCGCGCACGAUCCGCCACCUCAACCACCGACGCAAUCGGCCCCAGCGCUGUUGCAGCAAAAUGGAAACGACUAGGACCAUCUUCAUUUACUUCUUCUUCUACUUCUUCUAUUCUUUAAUAUCGUUAUCAUCAUUAUUACUAUUAGUCUUCGGAUUCUUCUUCGCCUUCGGCCCGACCUUCCAUCAGCUCCGCUGACCCAUAUCCACCAGCCGAUUAUCAAGACUGACCCACAUACCGGGUGACCGUCUAACGUCUCACCCUCGCAGCAAGUACCACUGCUUUACACGGUUGCUGAUACUGCCCCAUUAUGGCGCUUUUUUUUUUCUUCUUGACCUGCUCGUAAAAGGAAGACGACCUGGGCCAAUCUGAUGCCCCUUGCAAGUUUGACCUUUCACCUCUUUAUAUGAUAAAUGCGCAUUUCAUGCGGAUAACAAUAACGUGCGAGGUGGUACCAAAGCUCAUCACUAUACAGAUACCCCUAUAUAAAGUCUAUUAUCCAGUCGAAUCUUAUUUGUCAUCUAAUACCAAUGUUGCCUCGUUGACAUUAAUUUAUCUAGAGGAUUGGCUAACGAUUGGUCCUGGUUGUCCAACCACGAGCUAUCAUACACAGCAUCACUAUAAACAGUUCCUGCUAUAAUGAGCGAUCAUACCAAAUAGUACUGUAAACUAAGCUGCUGCUAAAUGAUUCCACAAAGCGUCGCUACCCUGAACGGCGUCCGCUAGCAAACUCGUUAUCACCCCGUUGCUUAAAAUUUCUAUUUCGAUUACCGAAUAUACGGAGUCUUGACGGAUACGCUGACACACGAUAGAUUUCUCCGAGUACGUAAAAUAUCCCGUACCAAUAGAAAUGUUUAAAGUACCAUAGAAGCACUGCUUUGCAAAGGACUGUUUCUAUACUUGCUCUCAAAAUUAAAAAAAAAAACAAGUAUUUUUUUUGAAAAAUUUCCAUAACUUGCUUCUGCGGCCAACUUCGUAGAUUCGGUUUCGAAGGACUAAACAAAUGAAGGAUACUAUAAACCUGAAGUGAGGGGGUGAGAAAGGGGACAGAAGGAGGAAGCAAAGAUUAGACAAGUUAAGAAAAUGAAAAUCUACGUGAAAAAAAGCUUAUUCUAGCCUUUUACAAGGGUUAGAAUGUCACAGGGUUGUUGCAGGAGCUUGCUAAGUGAAAUCUGAUGGGAGUAGACAAUUUGUGGGUGAUAAGAGAAUCGGGGUCAGUGCAAUACACAGAAUGCAAGCAAUGCAGAAAAAAGUCUUAGUUUAAUCGGACCUCGCUGGCGGGACGGCUUGGCAAGCUCUGUAAGAUACAGGAAAAAAAAGAAAAUACCAAGAGGAAAAAUAAAGAGGCAAAGAGAGACACGUACAAAAUUUUGGUGGUAUGACGUAACAGUAGAUGGUGGAUAGGGGAGUGCGGGGUUUAGCGGUUUGACAUUGAAUACCGAAGAAAACGAAAAACUAAGAAGGAAAAUCAAUCCACAGUAACAAUACACGGUGACCAUUUUUUUUGUUCAAACUGGAGUAAACGCAUAAACGAAAAUUUUGGAAAAAUGAAAACAGAAAGAUAAAAGAGAACGAGACGUAUGACGAUGAAACCUUAAUCGUAGAAAAAAAAUUUGAACACAGUCUAUAAUAACAACAAUAUUUCGACAACCAGACGGAAGCGCAGGGUAACUAACACAUCAGGGAUAGCCACAGACAAAUCUACGAUAGAUAAAAAAAGAAAACUACAUAUUAAACUAUAAUGGUAAAGGUAAUUCGUAAAAAAAAAAAACUAUAAUGCAUAACGCGAAUAUUUCGUUAAAGGAGGCUCGACGAGAGUUGAAAGGCAAUGGAAGAUUAAAAAAAAGAUACGAAAAAAAAAAAACGGCGAGAGAAGUAGAGAGAAAAGGUGAUUUUGAAAAAUAAGCGUGUCUGAGUAGACGAGCGUUUAGCGACAAGAGUGCGUGUAAGGUAUGCCUGUGCGAUUGCGUGAAUGCGAUAGAAACGCGACAAGCGCGUGACGGGGUGAAAUUUUGGAUAAAAAAAAAUAGAAUUUGCCGUUGUGUCAAAAAAAAAAUGAAAUCGUGCAAACGAGAGAUCGGUAUGGAUAGAUUAUUAAUUAUUAUAUAGAAAAACGUAAUGAGGAAUGAAAAAAAAAAGUGUAUCGGUAUCGAUAAGGGAUUUAAAGUAAAUACAUAGAGAGAGACCACAGGCUUCCAGCCCGUAAAGAAAAAACAGCCUGUACAAUACAAACUGAUAUUAUUAUUGAUUAUUAAUAUUAUAUAUAUUAUUAUUCUAUAUACAGGGUGUUUCAAAAAAAAAAGAGGUUUACAAACUGUCCCUGCCUGCUGUACCACUCCGACGAGUGUUUUCUCCCUCGGACGUAUUAGUCAUUAGUUUAGUACAAUUAUUUUUUUUCCCUGACUACCCUCGAGCGUUAAUUAUAUAAUCUUUCUCUCUCU